AUGCCUCUUGUUGUGCAGAACGUAAAGCCGAGGGCCAUCCUUGGGUUGAUGACCUUUGGACCCGACGUGGCUGCCGGGGCCCGUAUCACCUCCCUCGACGAGUUCAACAAGUGCCUCGACUAUUUCCAGCAGCAAGGUUACAACGAGGUCGACACUGCUCGGAUCUACGUCGGGGGUGCACAGGAGGCUUUCACAGCCCAGGCGGGAUGGAAACAGAGGGGUCUCACACUGGCGACCAAAUGGUAUCCCCAAGCGCCGGGGGACCACAAGCCCAAUGUGCUGCGGGAGCGUUUGGAGCUGUCGCUGAAGGAAUUGGCUACCGAGCAGGUUGACAUCUUCUACCUCCAUGCGCCGGACCGGUCGGUACCAUUCGCGGAGACCCUGGAGGCCGCCAACGAGCUACACAAGGAGGGGAAGUUUGUGCAACUGGGUCUGAGCAACUAUACAGCCUUUGAAGUCGCAGAGAUUGUCACCAUGUGCAACGAGCGAGGGUGGGUGCGUCCGACGAUCUUCCAAGCCAUGUACAACGCCAUCACACGUUCGAUUGAAACCGAGCUGGUCCAUGCCUGUCGCCGCUAUGGUCUCGAUAUUGUCGUCUAUAACCCUCUGGCUGGUGGUGUCUUGGCGGGCAAGUACAAGUCGAAAGAUGUCCCUGCUGAGGGCCGAUACAGCGACAAAACAAACGCUGGUCCGAGGUACCGAGACCGGUACUUCAAAGAUGCCACGUUCGACGCCCUUAGAGUCAUAGAGCCCGCUAUCGAGAAGCACGGUCUGACCAUGGCCGAGACUGCCUUGCGCUGGAUCCACCACCACUCCGCACUGAACAUGAAAGACGGUGGCCGCGAUGGCGUGCUGCUUGGAGUGAGUAGCUACACACAGUUGCAGGAGAACCUGCGAGAUAUUGAAAAGGGGCCAUUGCCGGAGGAGAUUGUUGAGGCCUUGGACCAGGCCUGGCUGAUUGCAAAGCCCACAACGGCCAACUACUGGCAUCUGGAUUUGAAAUAUUCGUAUGACACGCAGGAGGCACUCUUCAAGCCCAAGAAGGCUUGA